CGAUCAUAGGCUAAUUACAGUUGCCAGUGAGGAUCUCUCUGUACCUCAAACAGUGUGAAGCGGUGUUUGCUCUAAACAGCACUGUUGGCUAGUUCUGCUCCCUGUCUAUUUGUCUAAUUGGCAACACUAAAUGUGGCAGCCUGUCCAUGGGGCCUUGAUCGAUUCCUUUAAUCAAAUAAAAAUCACAGAGAGAUUGGAGCCACAGCAAUGUGGCAUAACCCUGUAGCACCCAAACUAUAUUUGCGAACAAUUCCCCUGGUUCAACGUUUUAUGUCUAGCAGUUAUUCAUCUAAAAGAGUGCUUUAUGAGAGGGGGCGAGAGGUUGGCAAUUAUUUCUAGAGAUAUGGUACAGCAGGUAGAACCACUGACUGAAACAUGUUUUGGGGCCUAAUGGGUUCCACAGGGAAAUUUACCACAGAAACCAAGUUGUUACACCAGUGGAUACAGUCAACAUCCUUUUGGUCUCUUGUAUUCACUGACAUGUUUUUAAAUCUUAUGGUAAUGGUAGUGAGGGAUACUUGUGGUCCAGUGCUGGAAAGGAAACUGUACACAGACAACGGUAUGAUCUAUUCGUUAAUAAGAUGUUCCACUCCCCGCCAUCCUUGUCUGUUGUCUUCAGAUAACUAUUUGUUUAUUUGUGUGGGCUUCUAUCCAGCACUUGCCUUUGCUGAUAUCUAAUUAAUUGAUUAGAAUGCACUUAGUACUUAACUGUGUGUGUUUUUUUUACCUAGCUCUUUUGAAAUGUAUGCAUAACAGUGUCUGCUGAAUGACAAAAAUGUAAAAUAAAUGUACAUUUUAUGUUGCUUUAUAGCCACAUACUGAAUGGGCACUGGAUGACUGGGACCAAUUAAUUGGCUGAGGCAUUUUUAACACAUCUUUUCUCCCUGAAGCCCCCAUUUGUAACCAGAUAACUAUAACUUUACACAAACAUAACUGGGUUAUAUAUGCAACAGCCCUACUGGCGUUUGCCUGAAAUCGAAGAUUUUCAGUCCAUCACUCCUACAGACCUAUGACUACUUUCUUCUCAUAUACACUGAGACGUGCCUAUUUGUAUUUUUUUCCCUUUUGUACUUGCUGAAGGAACAUUGUGAGACUGUAGUCUCCAUUAUCUCCAUUUAUGACAUUCUAUAAAACAACAAAAGGCUGAUGUAGCUGUAACCAUAGAAAUAGUAUCCCUAGAAACCGUAGAAAUCUAUAUCGUUUAUGUUCUGUUAGUAUUAUUCAACUUGCAGUCUAUGGAGUUUUGGAAAACAUGUAGCUUGCUAAAAGCCCCUCCAUCUGAACAUUGCAAGAAGUCUUACUUUUCACUGAAAAUGGCAGGAACUCACCUCCAGCCUGAGUUAGCUAAUCUUUACUUUGGCCAAGACAAUAAAACAAAAGACAGGAAAACCUCGCAGAUAUCAAAGAAUGUAUCAAAACAGUAGUAGGAGCAGAUAUUUGGUCUGGCUCCCUCUAUGAACUGCCCUGUCCGCCAACUGAAUUUUCUACGCAACAUCCCUGUAAAAAAGUAUACUUAACACGUACAAUAUAAUGAAGCAUAUCGAAAUACUAAUUCUUUUUAUGGGCAAUAACAGUUUUAUCUCAGCAAUCACCUCUAUUCAGCUCCUGCCACCCCAGGGGAGUCGGAUGAGAACGCCAGGACAUUGUUCUCGCAAGGUUUGACUCAUUCCUAUGGAAUGCGAAUAUAACUGAAGUCCAUAUAUGCAUACAAUGGCAUUUUGAGUCCGCAUGUCAGGCUUUAAAUCUCCUUUGUAGUUUCUGUCCGCAGUCCACCAAGGUAAAUAUUUGUAACUCUACACUAGAAUUUAUUGUGUGUAUUUCUUAGAGAUUGACCGAUUUAUCGACACCGAUUAUUGGGAGACCAAAAGCAAAUAUAGUCCUGCAUAUCCAUCAUACUGAAAGCACUUGAACCGACCCCGACGGCAGUUUGUAAUCAUUUUCAUACUUCAUUUGGAUGCCCUGAAAAAAAUUUUCGAGAAAGUUCUUGUUAUGAGAUACCUACGGUUGCCAAGAACUUUUUUUGUUUUACUGUUUUUAAUUACUUAACCGUGCUUUGGUUAACAUGUCUUCUAAGGGUUUAAUUAUAAGAUGCUCGGGAGUCUCUGUCUAUAUUUCUUCCCAUCUGUCUCUAUCACUGCGUUUCCCCAUGACAGACCCUGCUCUUAAGAAAGGAACUAUAGACUUUGCGACUGGUAGCCUAUAAUCAUUUUCACGGAAACUAAGUUCAUAUGUUAUGUAACAUUACCACUGUUAUAAAAUGUCCCCAGUGUCAGAAUGAAACGCCACUGUAAUCCACCUAAACUGAGCAGGCCUUCUGCUAGUGCUGAACAGUACAAAAAAUAAAUCUCCACUGCUGACAUGUUCCAUGUUUGACUGCCACUGAUGUGUUUGCUUACCGAGGAAAGCGGAAUGUUCUGUACGCUGUACUGGUUGCUAGGCUACAUAUCAACUGGCACCCUAUUCCCAAUAGUGUUGUGCGUUUGACCAGGCCCCAUAGGGCACUGUAAAUAGGAUAUAUUACAAGUGAGUGGGGCAUGUUUGUUGCUCAGCCUUCAAAGCAGACGCAAAAACAAACAAUCCAUGUUCCCUAACCUUAACAUAAACCUCAAUAACCUAACCUUUAUAUCUAAUCUAGCUUCCAUCCUUAAUGCUUAAACCUAACCAGUAAUAUCUUAAUGUUACCUAGCCUUAAUGCCUAAACUUAAUCAUUAUGGGAAGUUUCACCCAAACCUAACCCCUCAAAAUCAAGGUUUUCAUGCCGGGGAUAUCCCCACAUUUUUCCUAUUUUAGUUCCCAGCAGGUUGAACAUGCCCACAGACAAAUGUGUGCACGCGCAGAGCAACAUCUGAAUCAGUGUAGCCUAGCUCUCCGUACAGUUUUUAUACACAAGCCAUCAAAUAAAUUCUGAAGCAUGAGCCUCUGAGGUCAAAGGUACAGCAUUCCAUUGCUUUCAGUAGAUGAUCUACAGUGACAGAAGAUCAAAAUAAGGUAAUUAUUGUCAGUGACUAGUGGUUCCCAAACCCUUCCUUGCAGACGUUCCACACUUUCCUUGUAGCUUUGAGGUAGUCUCACCUGAUUCACUAAUCAGGCACUGGAUGGUUAGGACAAGUUCAGUCCGGUGUGCUAUCUGUGAAAUGUUCCGAACGCUCCCCGAAGGCAAGUUUGAGUAACCAUUGGAUGAAAACAUUAACUCUUAUUGUAACCUGGCUUUUGAGGGAUCUUUGAGGUAGCUGAAGCCAGAAUACCCGACCAGUUCCCCUUUCUGGGCCCUUCUCCAAUUCAGGAGACCCACAUGGGCUGAGAAGAUCAACAUCAAGACCACAGAAUCAGGUUCAGCCUGACCAGUAUUUUCCUCCAACUCACUGGUCCGGAGACCGAGGAGAUUCAAGAUGCACGGGGGCCGGAAAAAAACCCGGGUGCUAUGCAUCAUGAUGAUGCUUAAUGUUUUUAUCUUUAUCCUGGUGGGAGUGUCUCGGAACCUGGGCCAGGACAGGGGGAGCCAGAGGAAGGUCCACAUCCCGUCCAAGAGGUUCUGGAGAAAGGAAAAGACCAGUUUGGCCUUCUGGAAUAAGGAGCAGCAGAGGCUGGACUUCAUCUACAAUCCAAUCCUGAUGCCGGCUUUGACCAACGACUCCCUGCGGGUGAUGCCUGAUUGGCUCAAUGACACCAGGCCCCCGGACCCUUGCCGACCAGACUACGGAGUCACCACCCAGGUGAAGGACUUCAGUUCCCUGCCUCCCCGUUUCCAGGACUUUUUGCUGCACAUGCGCUGCCGGUCGUAUCCGAUGAUCAUGGACCAGCCGCAUGUGUGCAAGGGGAAACCGUACCUUCUGCUGGCCGUCAAGUCCCUGGCUCCGCAUUUUGACCGGCGGCAGGCUAUCAGGGAGUCGUGGGGACGGGCGGGUGUUCUGGCCAAUCAUACUGUAGCUACGGUCUUCCUUCUGGGCGAUGCCACGGCAAUCGACCAUUUCCCCGACCUGUCCGGGAUGCUCCGCCACGAGGCGGCUCUUCACCGGGACAUCCUACAAUGGGAUUACCGGGACUCCUUCUUCAACCUCACCCUUAAAGAGGUGCUCUUCCUGGACUGGUUCAGCCAGCGCUGCCCUGACGCCCGCUUCGUCUUCAAGGGCGACGACGACGUCUUCGUCAACACUUGGAGGAUCUUGGACUUCCUGCAGAAUUCCUCCGGAAUGGCCAAGGCCAAGGACCUUUUUAUAGGGGAUGUUAUCACCAAUGCCGGCCCACACCGGAACCAGAAGCUCAAAUACUUUAUCCCGGAGAGUGUGUUCGUGGGGACCUAUCCACCCUAUGCUGGGGGAGGAGGGUUCCUGUACUCUGGAGACCUGGCACUGCGCCUGCAAAACAUCUCCCAGCAGGUAGCACUGUAUCCUAUCGACGAUGUAUACACGGGGAUGUGUCUUCAGAGGCUUGGCCUGGCACCGGAGAAGCACAAGGGCUUUAGGACGUUUGACAUUGACGUAAAAUACAGAGACAACCCUUGUGCGUAUAAGAGCUUAAUGCUCGUGCACAGUCGGAACCCCAACGAGAUGAUCAAAAUAUGGGCCUGGCUAAGUGAUCCAGAACUAGACUGUCAGUGAGAUAUCUCUCAAAAGUAGUGCACUAUAUAGGGAAUAGGGGACCAUUGGUGAUGCAUUCAAUGGUCUUUAAGAUUAUUUGUAUGAUGUGAUCUAAAGUGCUUUCAUUGGUUGUUGUGGAGUUCAUGGAGGUUUAGAAGCAACUGGGUUUUCCAGCUUUAGAGGAAUCCGCUGCCUUUCUUCUAAGCAUUGCAAAGUAUUUGUUUUUUUUACCAUGAGCAAUUUUCAGUGUUCAGCAAAUCUAAUGUCAGGUGUGGCCAAAUGGAAUGUGAUCUUGUGGGAUCAGGAUGGUCCUACAAGGAUAACUAACACAAACAAAUGUAAUUUGUCACGAUCACAGUGCUUGGGUGUCCUGCCUGUCCUGUUUUUCAAGACACUGGUACACCAACAUAAAACCCAUACACACCGCAAGGAGCUUAACAGAACUAUUUGCUUAACCUUAAAACUGUUGAGUAAACCAGGGUGAAGUAUUUUGCUUUUUUAGUUAAAAAUGUGGCAGCUGCAUUGUCCCUGUUUAGAAUUUUUUUUUUUCUCUCACAACAAUGUCUUUAAUGGCGUGUUCUGUGUCACUGCUGUGUAAACUAAAUGGCUUAGCCAGUGGUCAGACAUUACAGUAUGUAAAUGAUCUGAAUGACCAGUGUUCUUUGAUGUAGCAUAUCAGUGUGGAAAAACGUACACCAGGCAACAGUCAAGACUUGGUUCUUUUAUUUUUCUGUAGAUUUUCCUGUACUUGAUCCUAUAGGAAUACACUUUUUUUUUGUGCGCACAUUUAGUAAGUAAAUUACCGGAAUUUUUAGCAAUGUCAGCAUUUGUUCGUUCGAAUGUUUCUGCUGUGGUAACAUUUUAUUUUAUUAGUACUAGAGAUUACCGUAGAAACGUACGGUUGUGUUCAGCUGUUUUGACUAUCUACUUAAGAAGUUCUUAAGUAUAAGAAAGCAAUGAACAUUGGUGUCGAAUGAAAGCAAGCUGUGUGACUAUAGCUCUUUAUGUGCUGUAAAGGCUGCUGCAAAACAUUUGAUAGAACAGGGGUCUCUGAAUUGCGCAUCAUUGAAGUCACUGGCUCGCAGUUAAAGUCUUAGAGGUUUCAGGAAGGGCGAUGCAAUUAGCCAGCGCAGGCCAAGUUAUGGGGGUUUAGUAAUCAAAAACCUUUGCCGUGCAUCGUCGUACGCUAGCCACUGCCAGAUAGAAGGCAGGAGAGAGCGUUCCUUUUGGUCUAGGAUUCUAAGAAUGACUUCGAGCCGAAGGUGCAGCGUGAUAACAACCAAUAAUCGUAUCAAAAGUCGGAAUACAUAGGCCAACUGUAUUUGGACAUUGACCGUCCUGAAUCCGUUGUGAGUUGUUGCGAAGAAGCAAGGCCUUAAUCACGAAUUGUACGCCAUGAAAUUGGUGAGAGAAAUGCGGUUGAAGUAGGCUAAUAAAAAAUACAUUCAAAUGUAUUGAUAAAACUAAUUAGUUUGCUGUUGGUAAAGCGACUGUAUUGAUGCAUAUCAUGCCCCCCUCCCAGUGUGCUUUCUCACGCUACAGUAGACCUACAGUUGUCACUAUUAACACAUCUCAAUCCACCGAACAUUAUGGACAGAAUAGGCUAGGCCUGCUACUUGGUCAUUCUUGGAGUAGUAAAUGUUGCCCAUUGAAUUUGUGACCAAGGAAAUCAUACUGACAUAAUACAUUGUUUUAUUGAACAGUUUUUUAAAUAUGAAAACAUAUUGCACAUCUAUGUGUAUGCAUUGUUGCAGCUACUGGGGUUAGCAAAUUGGCUCAUCUGUUAAUUUAUAAUGGUAUAAUGGUAUUUUGCUAGACUGAACAAAAUAAAUGUAUUGAAUAUAUCAUAAAUAAAGGUUAACAAAGUAAAUAACUUU